AUGGCAGCGCGGCACGACGCCAAAGCUGUGGCCAAGCCCAUCUCCUUUGGGACGACUCAAGAACGGAAGAUGUUCCCGUACCACUGUGCCCCAGACAGGCUGGGCAUCGAGGGGCUGGGGGUGAGGGGCAGCCCCUCGCUGGGGCCAGGCUCCUACCUGGGGCCACAGAGCGGCACUCCCGGCCCCGCCGCCUACGGGCCCUUCCCGGAGCGGCCGCGGCGCCCCCGGCCCGGCCCGGCCCCGGCCCCGUUCUGCUCCAGCAGCCCCCGCUUCCCCAGCCGCCUCCUGGACCGCGACCGCUACCCGGGGCCUGGCGCCUACAACGUGCCGGAGUGGCUCGGCAGGAAGGCGGCGUGGCCCGGCGCCUUCGGCGCUCCCGCGCGCGGCGCGCUGCCGCAGCCGCAGCCCAGGAUGGUGAAGAUGCAGGUGCAGAAGAUGACUGUGGAUAAAAAAUUCCAGAAGAACCAGGGCAGAGAGGCGUACCUGAAGCUGUACCACGGCUGA